AUGUUCAAGGGCAAAGUAUAUCAGAUGACGUCAUUACCAUUCGGCUUGGCCACGGCACCGAAGGUAUUCGCCAGCCUGUCGAAUUGGGUCACCCAAAAAUUAAGGGAAAGAGGUCUCAGGGUAAUAGUAUACCUAGACGAUUUUUUGUUAGCCCACCAAGACAAGCAGACGUUAUCGGUACAAGCAAUCGAGGCUGUACACCUCCUAGAAACCUUAGGAUGGCAGAUCAAUUAUGCGAAGUCCAUACUGACGCCACAAAAAAGUCUGGAAUUUUUAGGGAUCACAUGGGACCCGUGGCACGGGAUAAAAAGCCUCCCAGAUGCGAAAUGCACGGCAUUGAAAGAGAAAAUACUUCAAGUUCUAUGUCGACAGUCUGUUCGACUAAAAGAAAUUCAAAGCCUCAUAGGUCGCAUAAACUUCGCAAGUUUUGUAGUACCACGUGGUCGCUUGAACCAUCGCGAGCUAAUCCAAUUCUCCUUGAGCUUGCCGGCCAACAAUUUCUCUCGCCGCUAUUGGGUCCCCAAGCAGAGUCUAAAAGAGUUAAAGUGGUGGCUGAGACAUCACAACUGGCCGUCUGCCCUCCACAAGCCGCCAAUCGAACACUUCCUGGCGACCGAUGCAUCAGGCUUGGCGUGGGGAGCGCGGCUAGACAAAUGGCAACUAUCGGGCAGAUGGUCACCGCAAGAGACUCUCCUACACUCCAACCAAAAGGAAAUGCUCGCUGUGCUCCACGUCUUGCGAGAACGCGGUCCUUACCUAAAGGAUUCGUCUGUGAUGUUACAAUGCGACAACAAGACGACAAUAGCGUACUUGAGGAAGGAAGGCGGGACGAAGUCCAGCAGCUUGAUGGGCAUAACCAGGAAAGUGUUCAAACUGUUGGACCAGUACCACAUUCACCUGACGGCUCACCACAUACCAGGGAGAUUCAAUGGGGAAGCGGACCAUAUAUCUCGACUCAGGACCGAUCCAGAAUGGCACCUUCUUCCCGAGGUAACCCAAGUCAUAUUUCAAAAAUGGGGAGUGCCCCUUGUCGAUCUGAUGGCAUCGAAAUCAGCUCAUGUGGUACCCCAGUAUGUCAGUCUGGACAUGUUGGAUCAGAAGGCACUCUUUCACGAUGCCUUCAGCAGAAAUUGGGACUUCCCUCUAGCAUGGGUCUUUCCUCCGCCGUUCCUAAUUCCGAAAGUACUUUCUCACCUGAAUUCUGCCAAAGGGACCUAUCUGAUUGUAGCUCCCAAAUGGGAGAAAGUAUUUUGGAAACCAGACAUACGGAACAGAUCCCUGAGCCCUCCUUUCACAAUACACCGCCUGCACCGGGUCCUAGUAGAUACGCUUACGGGUCUACCUCCCAAGAAAGUCCACGAAAUGACUCUUCAAGUCUGGAGAUGUGGGGGUGGACUUGUAAAUUAA